GUCUGUUUAAAGGCUCAGAGCAGAAAAGUAAAAGUGGGUUAUUCCUCUCAGCGGGUCUGUGUAAAGCGAUGCUGAUACUCUUCUUUCCUGGCGUUGUUUGAAACGGCAUUCCUCCGCUCGUUGCCCGUAGCGACAUCGCGUCAGGCUCGUUAUUUACAGCCCGGUUUCUGAGCCGCCGAGGUUGCUGCAGACUGACCGAGGGCUGAAGGGCUUUGGGGGCCAACAUGUAAGCCAGUGCUGGUCCUGUUCUCACAAGCGCCUCUUGUUUUGCACAGCUCGGGGUAGAAUCAUGGCUCUGAGGCAGAAGCACGGGCGCCUGCUGUGCAUGAUCUGCCUAACUUUCAGCUUCUUCGUCGUGGAGCUUGUGGUGAGCAGAGUGACCGCGUCUCUGGCGAUGCUGUCCGACUCCUUUCACAUGCUGUCCGAUGUGAUCGCCCUGCUCGUGGCGCUGGUGGCCGUGCGCUUCGCCGAGAAGACCCAGGCCACCAGCAAAAACACGUUCGGCUGGAUCCGAGCCGAGGUCAUGGGCGCUCUGGUCAACGCCGUGUUCCUCACCGCGCUCUGCUUCACCAUCUUAUUGGAGGCCGUGGAGCGCUACGCGGACCCCCACGAGAUCGAAAACCCACAGGUCGUGGUGUGGGUCGGUGUGGCCGGACUGCUCAUAAACCUCCUGGGGCUUUUCUUGUUCCACGGUCACGCUGGAGCUGGUGGGCACGGACACUCUCACGGUGGGCACUCUAGGAAAUAUGAGAAGUCCGAUAAAUCGCCAAAGAAGGAAGCUCAAGAGGAGUCUUACAACCUCAUGAUAAAAAGCAACUGUGCUCAUCCAGGUGACCAUGCUGUCCAGAUUGAAUCAGACAUCGUCCUAAGUCAUAACCUGGAUGUCCAGAUGAAUGGCAACAUCUCACUGAAGUCACUUGAGCCCAGUACAGAUUCAGCCUCUCAGCUGAACAUGCGCGGAGUCUUCCUGCACGUGCUGGGCGAUGCCCUCGGCUCAGUCAUUGUUGUGGUCAAUGCUCUAAUCUUCACAUUUGUAUGGAGGCCGUGCCAUGGGGAGGAGACCUGUAGUAAUCCCUGCUAUAACAGCCACUGCUCUGACCACCAGCACACGCAUUCAGAAACAGUAGGCCUGUCCAAUGGCACUGCUGGUGUUAUCUCGGUAGCAGGUCCCUGCUGGGUACUCUACCUAGAUCCUACGCUGUGUGUAAUAAUGGUGGUCAUUUUGCUUUACACCACCUUCCCCCUUUUAAAAGAGUCAGCCCUCAUUCUCCUGCAAACCGUGCCCAAGCAGAUUGACAUGCAGAGACUGGAUGGUAAGCUGAGGAGCCUAGAGGGGGUCCUGGCUGUCCAUGAGCUGCACAUCUGGCAGCUGGCCGGCAGCAGGAUCAUCGCCACGGCCCACGUCAAGUGCCCCGACCCGACCUCCUACAUGGACAUAGCCAAACGCAUCAAAAGCUUCUUCCAUGAUGAAGGCAUUCACGCCACCACAGUCCAACCAGAGUUCUCCUCUGACACUAUGGAGUCUAGCGUCUCUGAGUGUGAGCUCCCCUGUUAUAGCCAGUGCGCCCCGAAACUCUGCUGUGACACAAACUGGAAAUCCGGGUCUGAAUCGGAAGCACUGGUGGGCACAGAGGAUUCCUCGAGUCAGAGCACUCCUCAACAACACACUGUCAGCUGGAAUAUCAAGCAGGAGCCAGAAGUUGUUCUGCAGGCGCAAAUGGAAUCUACAGUUUAAGUCCAAUACUGAAAUGAGACUCAAGUUAGCUAUAUCUUAAUAAUGUUUAUUACAUAUAUUAUUCAAGUUACUGUGUUGAAUUUGCCAAUUGCUCCAGAGCAGUUGUUGAGACAGAGUCUAAUCUGUUUAUGGCAGAAUUAUUAUUCUGAGAAUGGUGUACCUCAAAGCCAUAUUAGUUUUCUAAUCACAGUACUGUAUGUUUACCUGUUUAACAAAACUAAAUGCAUAAAAUUCCUGAUAUCACAGAUUGCUUCUGGUUAUUGAUCAGUUAGAUUUUUAUAAAGGACAAGAAAAACAUCUAGCAAAUAAAAUGUGAAUUAAAGGAGAGACUACUGUUUUGAUGGAUGUUGACAUUUUAGUAGGAUAGUGCAAUAAUUAACUGUAUUAUUUUGUUUUUUGGAGCACUUUAUAGCCAUAUUGUUCACUUCUUGCACAUCAGUGAGAGUACUACCAAAGUGCUUUAUGCAAUAUAAAUAUGUAUCGAUAAAGGCAUAAAAUAUUUACAUUCUGUGUUUUAUUAUGAUACUGUUAGCUGUAAUGUCCACCAGGCGCCAGAAGUUGGACUGCAGGCACCAAAACCUACAAUAUGAACAUGAAUAUAUUAAUAAGCCCAAAUUGAAAAAUAAAAAGGGUUUUCAUGAAUUUCCCUCAAAUGAGAAAAAAGUUAUUUACAUCUUAAUAACAUUGUUACAUAUAUUUUUGUAGGAACUGUGUUGGGCUGGCCUAGAAGGCCAGAGCAAUAGAACAAAAGAGAGUCAAAUCUGCUUAUGGUAGAAUUAUGUUUCUGAGAAUGGUGUACCUCAAAUCCUCAAAGCUAUGGUUUUUACCCAGAGUGCUGCAUUUAUAACUAGCAUAGAAAUGAACUAAAUGCAAUACAUAAAAUUCAAGAUUGCUUAUGGAGUUGUGUAUAAAGGAAAAACAAAUAAAUACAAAUACAGUAUGAACUGGAGGAGAUGCCAAAGAGUAUGCAAAAUUUUGGGUGUCCCUAGUCAAAACUGCAUGUUUUCUAAGUGGAAAUAACACAUCCUCUACGUCUGUCCUUUUUAAAUGCAUUUUAAUUGCUGUUUCUUUGCUGAAUUUAACAUUGUGAAUUCUAUUUAAUCAUAUAUAUAAUCGUCAUAUUUGCGUGUGUGUGAAAAAGUCAUGGCACAUUUAAAAAAUGAUGUUUGAUUUUUUUUCUUAAUAAGGUUAAAAAAAUAGAAAUUGUGCACUAAUAUUUGCAGAAAAAAUGCUAUAUUUAAGCUUGUUCCCUGUAGAGGAUCUAAAAAAUUCAUUUGAUCAGUGGUUUACAAACUAGUCAGACUGUAUACUGAUUUGAUGGAUGUUGAUAUUUUGGUACUGUAGUCCAUUAAUUGUUUUGUAUUACUCUGAAAAUCUAAUUUUAAAAGCUUGGAACACGUUAUAGUCUCAGUGUUCACAGAGCAUUUUUGUGUAUUGUAA